UUAUAAUUGGAACUAUAAUGGUAUAUUUUUCGGGUGAGGUAUUUCAGUGCAAAUUCGUGUCACCUAAAUAUUCAUAAAACUAAGUGUUUUAAAAUAUAUUUGUGUAUAACUUUAAAUUUUACAGAAUCUCAACUUUUAUAUAUACUUUUAAUAUAACGGUAGUACGUGGGCUUAACAGUUUUCAUAAAUGUAUGCAUUCAAAUGUUUCAUAUUAUUUUUAUAUAUUGUAAUAUCAAAUCAGUUGAAUCAAAAUGAAGAGACUUGUGCCGGUGAGAAUGUUUGUACUGAAAACCACAAUAAGUAUAGUAAGGAUAUCAAUGAGUGGGGUUCUAAGAUAAAUAAGAAGAUACAGGUGGCAAUGAAGCAAUAUACACCUUGUGAAAGAACGAAUUGCAGCUGCCACAAGGCAGUUAUUGGACAAGAUCUUAGGCCAUACCAAGAUGGAAUAACAAAAGAACUUUUUGCUGUAGCUCGUUCCAAGGGAACAAAAUAUCAGAUAAUAGAAGGCAAAUUAUAUAGAGAAAGAGAAUGUCAUUUCCCAGCUAGAUGUUCUGGAGUGGAACAUUAUCUAAGGGCACUGGCUUCAAAAUUACCCAACCUGGAGCUUGCACUGAACACUAGGGAUUGGCCCCAAGUUAAUCAUGUUUGGGGCCAUCAGAAAGCUCCAGUAUUUUCUUUUAGUAAGACAAAAGAUUAUUAUGAUAUCAUGUACCCAGCAUGGAGCUUUUGGGAAGGAGGACCAGCUAUAUCAUUGUAUCCAACAGGUAUUGGUCGUUGGGAUAAGCACAGGAUAUCAAUUUCAUCUGCUGCAGAAAAGUGGCCCUGGGACAAGAAGGAGGGAUAUGCUUUUUUUCGAGGUUCUAGAACAAAUGAAGAAAGAGAUGCUUUGAUACUACUCUCACGUUCAUACCCUGAUCUUGUAGAUGCAAAAUAUACAAAAAAUCAAGCUUGGAAGUCAGAUGCGGACACACUAUAUGCCCCCCCAGCAUCAGAAGUGUCAUUUGAAGAGCAUUGUAAAUACAAAUAUUUAUUCAACUAUAGAGGAAUUGCUGCUAGCUUUCGAUUCAAACAUUUGUUUUUAUGCAAGUCCCUUGUGUUCCAUGUUGGUGAUUCAUGGCUUGAAUUUUUUUAUCCUUCAUUAAAACCUUGGGUUCAUUAUGUCCCGAUUAGUCCUACAGCCAAUGAAGAAGAGUUAAAAAAAUACAUUGAGUAUUUUAAAGAAAAUGAUUUCUUGGCUAAAGAAAUUGCCGAAAGAGGUUUUCAACAUAUAUGGGACAACUUAACUGAUAAAGAUGUCAAAUGUUAUUGGAGAAAACUAUUAAAGAAAUAUGCAUUACUUUUAAAAUAUGCUGUGAUCAAAGAUAAGGAUCUGAUAAGAAUAGACAAUUAAAAAUUAACUAAUCCAGUGUAUUAAUUGUUUUUAUUUAUGAUUCCAUAUUUUCAGUUUUGUGUAUGUAUAUACAACAGAACUUUUGAACUUGAUAUCAUCCUCUCAUCCUUAACUGUAGCCUGCCAGUAC